CUGCGUUCGAGGCUGCAGAAGCAAAAGCGCACGGUCUCGAAGGAGUGGUCGCUGAAGUUGUGGUGUUGCGUGUGACACUGGCUGCGCACGAGCUCUCGAGCGCUGAGAUGGUCGCACAGAUGCGCGCACUGGAGUCCAAGGUCGUUGAAGCCGAGCAAGAACGCGAUGCUUUGCAGGAGAAGCUCGUUGGAGCUCGGGGCGAGCAUGCUGCGUUCGAAGCCGAAGCCGAGGCGCAACACGUCGCUCUUGAGGGUCAACUUCACGACGCGAUGGAGGCGCAUAAGGCGGCGAACGACGAGCUUGCUCUGAGCGUCCAAGCUCUCGACGCCAAGUUGACCGAGUCGAUGGCGGCCCACGACGCAUCCAACGUUCAGCACCAGGCAACUGUCGACGCGCUCCAAGUGGCCAUCGCACAGCACGUCGCAGAGCAUGAGGCAGCGCUGGCAGCUCACACGGCGGCUAUGGCUGCUCUUGAAGAGUUGCUAACCCAAGCCAAGGCUGGCCACGAUGAGGCGCAAGCCAACUUGGAUGCGGCCCACAUCGCUCAGGCGACGGCUGUGGCCGAGCACCUCGCAACAGUCGCAGCUCUCGAAGCCAAGAUGACCGAACACGCUGCCACCCACGACGCGGCGCUCACGCAGCACGCGACGUCGAUGGAGUCGCUCGAAGUGCAGUCGGCCGCUCAGCUCGCCAAGAUCUCGGCUUUGGAAGCUGCCGUGGCUGGUCUCGAGGCAGAGAAGGCGGCUCAGACGGAAGCUUGCACCGCACACUGCAGCGACCUUGCGCUUGCUCACGAGGCGGCUCAAACGCUCGAGGGUCAGCUCAAGGACCUCCACGCCGAGCUCGACCACGCCAAGGCUGAGCUUCAGACGACGACGGACACGAUGACGGCCCACGCGGCCACGAUUGCGACCUUGGAAGCGACGCUGCUCGUGACCGACGCCGCGCACACCGAAGCAAUGGAAGCCAAGAACACCGAGUUGCAGCACGAAAGCGACGCGUUGAAGGCGGCGCUCCACGCCUGCGACACCAAGUCGACUGUGAUUACGGAGCUUGAGACGUCGCUCGCCGACCAACACGCCAAGCUGGAGCAAGCAGAAGCCGACUACGCGUCGCUCGAAGCAGACUUGACGUCGCAACUUCACGCGCUCGAGGGCAGAGUGCACGACGAAGUGGCGGCCGCCGCUUUGCUCAUGGCGCGCAUUGCGGCCCUCGACGCCCAGCUCCAAGCAUCGACGCUUGACAACAACCGGCUCGAAGCCGAACGCGCUGCGUGCGCUCACGACCUUGCCGACCGCCAAGCGCGCGUCGGCGUCCUCGAGGCCCAAGUGCUGGUGCUCGAGGCUCAAGUGCACUCGGCGGAGAUCGAAUCUGCUGCGACCGCGCAAACCCUCAAGGAACACACCCUCGCGCUUGCGACGGCCGACGCCAGCUACAAGCAGCUCCAAGAAGUGUAUGCGACCAAGUCCACAAUGGCUUUUGAACUCAAGCUCCUCGUGGCCGAACGCGAUUUCGAGAUCAAGGCGCUCAAGUCGGAGCGCGACGGCUCCUCGCGCGCUCGCCUCGACUCGACGCAAUCGUGGCGCUCGGGCUUUGGCGACCUCCCCGAACAGCUCGAAGAGGAAGUCAAGCAGCAGCAAGAGCUCACCAAGAAGAUCCGACAGCUCGUGCUGCAGUGCCGUUGGUAAGACGUCUCGCCCGCGCCGGUCAUUUCCCGUGGCUGCCCUCCGUGCCCGACAUGUUGUAUUGAACCCGAUUGAUAGGACGCUUGAAGACACUCCAGUCUCCAAGCCAGAAUGAAGUGUAUAUAAUUGCAUGUAAAACAUUUGGAUUUUUGUACAUCGAGCAA